GUCAGGGCGGAGCCGCCCGCGGGGAGCGGGGAGCGGAGCGGACGGAGCCAAGAUGGCGGCGCCGGGGCUGGGCCGGCCCUGAGGGGCCGUGAGGGGCCGGGAGGGGCCCCCGCGCUCGGCGGGCUGGGACGGGCCGCAGGGGGGGCCCCGCCGCUCCCCCCGCCGCUCCUCGCGACGCUGCCGCCGCCGGAGCCUCCCCGGGGCCUGACCGGAGCCUCCCCGGGGGAGACGCGGGGCCUGCUCGGGGCCUUUUGCGGCCUUACCGGGGCCUCCCCGCGGCCUUUCGCGGCUCGGCGGGGCCGUUUGGGGCCUCCCCGGGGCUCGGCGGCGCCGUUUGCGGCCUUACCGAGGCCUCCCCGGGCCUUGACCGGAGCUUUUUGGGGUCGAACCGGGCCCUUCCCGAGGCCUCCGGGGCUGAACCGGGGCUUUAAGGGCCUUUAACGGGGAGAGCCCCCCCGGUACCCCCGGUUUUGGUUCUUUCUCGCUGGAAUUCGGGGCCGAUUUCAGCCGAAAUCGCGGCAAAAUCGGAUUUUUUUUUUUUAAUUUUUGGUGGUUUUUUUUUUUUUUGAUUUUGUUUAUUUAACAGCGCUUUUCCCGUUGUUUUUUUUUUUUUUUUUUCCCCGGGAUUUCGGUCAGAAAAUCCCGGGAUUUGAGGCGCAGCAGGAACGGGAUGAAAUUCCAAGGAUUUCUUCAGCCGAGCGAGUUUUUUUUGGUUUUUUUAUUGCGGUUUUUGCUUUGAGCGAGCAAAUUCCGCGAUCCAGGGAAUUCCUGCCUCGGGAAUGUCGGCCCUGGAACCGGGAAUGACUUAAGGGCAACGCCGCGCUUGGCUUUUCCUCGAUAAAUUAUUAAUUAGGAAAUUAAAAAUAAUUUAAAAAAGGGUUUUUUUUGGGGGGGAUAAUUUAGAAAAAACCCGGUGUUUUCCGGCAAGGACUGACAGCGCUCCGGGCCUCUGGAAUCGCUGGAACUUUGGGAGCCUCCGCGGGGAUUUUUUUUUUUUUGGGGGGAGAUUUAUUGGAGAGAAAAAUCAAGGAGAAGGAAAAAAGGGAUCGGAGAUCGGUGAGAACGCCCGGGAGCCGGGAUCGGGCACGGCUGAGGUGCCCAUGGCGGGCCGGAAGCGCGGCGCAGGCGGUGGCAGUGCCAGCGGCGGCGCGGGCGGCGCGGUGCCGUGGCCCGAGGAGCCGGGCGAGCGCGAGCAGGGCCUGUACUCGCUGCACCGCAUGUUCGACAUCGUGGGCGCGCAGCUGACGCACCGCGACGUGCGCGUGCUCUCCUUCCUCUUCGUGGACGUGCUGGACGAGGCCGAGCGCGGCCGCAUCCGCUCGGGCCGCGACUUCCUGCUGGCCCUGGAGCGCCAGGGCCGCUGCGACGAGAGCAACCUGCGGCAGCUGCUGCAGCUGCUGCGCAUCAUCACCCGCCACGACCUGCUGCCCUACGUCAGCCUCAAGAGACGGCGCCCCGUGUGCCCGGACCUGGUGGACAAGUACCUGGAGGAGACGUCCAUCCGCUACGUCACCCCCCGCGCGCCCGGGGGGGCCCCGCCCGGCCUCGGCCACCCCCACAAAUCAGGUACGGACCCUUGGGGUCACUGUCACCCCCGUUUGGGGUCAUCGUCACCCCUUGGGGUCACUGUCACCCCCGUUUGGGGUCAUCGUCACCCCUUGGGGUCACUGUCACCCCCGUUUGGGGUCAUCGUCACCCCUUGGGGUCACCAUCCCCUUUUGGGGUCACUGUCACCCUCUGGGGUCACCAUCCCCAUUUGGGUUCACUGUCACCCUCUGGGGUCACCAUCCCCAUUUGGGUUCACUGUCACCCUCUGGGGUCACCAUCGCCAUUUGGGUUCACUGUCACCCUCUGGGGUCACCAUCCCCAUUUGGGUUCACUGUCACCCUCUGGGGUCACCAUCCCCAUUUGGGUUCACUGUCACCCUCUGGGGUCACCAUCCCCAUUUGGGUUCACUGUCACCCUCUGGGGUCACCAUCCCCAUUUGGGUUCACUGUCACCCUCUGGGGUCACCAUCCCCAUUUGGGUUCACUGUCACCCUCUGGGGUCACCAUCCCCAUUUGGGUUCACUGUCACCCUCUGGGGUCACCAUCCCCUUUUGGGUUCACUGUCACCCCUUGGGGUCACCAUCCCCCUUUGGGGUCACUGUCACCCUCUGGGGUCACCAUCCCCUUUUGGGGUCACUGUCACCCCUUGGGGUCACCAUCCCCAUUUGGGAUCAUUGUGACCCCCUCCUUUGGGGUCAUUGUCACCCCCAUUUGGGACCAUCACCACCCUUUGGGGUCACCAUCCCCAUUUGGGUUCACUGUCACCCUCUGGGGUCACCAUCCCCAUUUGGGUUCACUGUCACCCCUUGGGGUCACCAUCCCCUUUGGGAUCAUUGUGACCCCCUCCUUUGGGGUCAUUGUCACCCCCAUUUGGGACCAUCAUCACCCUUUGGGGUCACCAUCCCCCUUUGGGGUCACUGUCACCCUCUGGGGUCACCAUCCCCUUUUGGGUUCACUGUCACCCCUUGGGGUCACCAUCCCCAUUUGGGAUCAUUCCUCGACGCCUUCUGGCGGGAUUACAUCAACGGCUCCCUCCUGGAGGCCCUCAAGGGCGUCUUCAUCACGGACUCGCUCAAACAGGCCGUGGGCCACGAGGCCAUCAAGCUGCUGGUCAACGUGGACGAGGAGGAUUACGAGCUGGGCCGUCAGAAACUCCUCAGGAACUUGAUGCUCCACACGGCUCCCUGAGGGAUCCAUCGCCCCGCCCCCCCCCCCCAGUUUGGGUUUUUUGGGGUUUUUUUGGGAUUUUCUGGUUUUUCCCCCCAUUCUUCGGCAGAGCCCGCUCAUGGAUUUGGGGAGGGUUGGAGGUGUGGGGGAUUCCGGGAUUCGGCGCUUUUUGGGGGGUUCCUGAUGGGUUCUCCUUGUGUUUUCCAUGGGGUUUCCCUCCUGUUUUUUCUUUUGUAUCCAUUAAAAAUGGUGAUGAAAAUGCAAAAA